UCCAAUCUUUAUUAGCGGGGUAUCUCACUGGUAGUUGAUGUGAAUUUAAACGAUGCCCCGCAUUACCGGGACCUUCACAUGCAUGUAACAGUUUCGUAAAUACAUCCCCGGCUAAGUCCCCGCUAGGCCCGGGACUACAAAUGACAAGUGCAUAAUAAAGGAGAGACGGCUUUUAAUUUUCAAAAUAAUUAAACCAUUUCAACGGGAAGAUAGAACCAUUUAUAUAGACACCUUAAGCAUUAAUACUCAUUACAGUUAUACCGUUUUCAAAUUGGUUUUAUGUUGCAAUAAAAUUAGGGUUAAACUGAUAUAAAGAACAAUAACUAUUUUUAGCAUAGUUUUUAACUGUUUGUGCUUCGUCGUAUGGGUGUCUCUAAAAGAAGUAAUUUAUGACAACCGAUAUAUCCUUAACUUAAUCGACUAUAUUAAUUAUUUAAUAAUACUGUUUACUUAUAAAAAUCUGUAACUGAGUGCAGUACUUCCGUGCAUCACUAGCGCCAAAGGGAAUAGGACAGUUAUUAGCAGACGAUUGGGUAAAGAGAGAGCUAAGCUGGGACUGUCUCGUCUGUGAUUGGUUAAACCAAUAGGUGCUAGAAGUCAAACGCAACACCCGUGCAGGCUAUAUAAACGAAUCUAAUCGCCGAAUAAACAUCAUUCUUGAUUUUAGUAACCGAAUAGCGAAUACAUUAUGUCUGGACGUGGUAAAGGAGGAAAAGCUAAGGGAAAGGCCAAGAGCCGAUCAAGCCGUGCUGGACUUCAAUUCCCAGUUGGUCGUGUCCACCGAUUCUUGCGAAAGGGUAACUAUGCAUCUCGUGUCGGUGCUGGUGCCCCAGUCUACAUGGCUGCCGUACUCGAGUACUUGACUGCUGAAAUCUUGGAGUUGGCUGGUAACGCUGCCCGUGAUAACAAAAAGAGCAGAAUCAUCCCCCGUCACCUUCAACUUGCCAUCCGUAACGAUGAAGAGUUGAACCGUCUUCUUGGAAGUGUGACCAUCGCACAAGGAGGUGUACUACCAAAUAUCCAGGCUGUACUUUUGCCAAAGAAGACCCAGGCCAAAACCAAGUAGAUUUUAUGAACCAUCUUUUCAAACCAAACGGCUCUUUUCAGAGCCACCAUAUUCACUAAAGAGAUUUGGAUACUGAUACUGAUUAUUGCAGUAUUUGCUCAACAAAAACGUUAACAACAAAGCUCAUAGCAAAGAUUACGUAAAUGUGUAUCGCACAAACGCCUAAACGUACAUUAGUACUAUUUGAAACUCAACAAAGCCAAGCACAAAGA